AAGACUGAAAAUUCUGGAAAAGGUAGGGAUGAAAUUAGGGCAGAACUCCCCUUGAGGUCUGCAAGUAGUCCAUGCAGAGUUUGCUGCCCAGUAAAUGACGAAAGGAGCAAGAAAGAUAAGAAGGCAAGUUUUUAUGCAUUCGCUGCAGCCGAUCAUAUACUGCAAAGCGUAAUCUCUCCAGUCACCAACGAUUUGAGUGUGGAGUUGUUCCCCAAUUUAUUUGCAUGGUAUGUGAAAGGGGGUUUAAACGCAAACACCAUCUCAUUUAUCAUGUCAAGAUAUGCCGCAAAGCUCAACAAGGCAAGUUUUUAUGCAUUCGCUGUGGCCGAUCAUAUACUUCAAAGCAUAGUCUCUCCAGUCACCAACGAUUUGAGUGUGGAGUUGUUCGCCAAUUUAUUUGCAUGGUAUGUGAAAGGAGGUUUAAAUGCAAAGCGCAUCUCUCUCAUCAUGUCAAGAGGUGCCACAAAGCUCAACAAGGCAAUUUUUUGUGCUCUCGCUGUGGCCGCUCAUAUACUGCAAAGCGUAAUCUAUCCAGGCAUCAGCGGUUUGAGUGUGGCGUUGUUCGUCAGUUCAUUUGUGUUCUAUGUGGAAACACAUUUAAGCACAGCCACCAUCUCUCUCAACACAUAAAGUGUUAUCAUAAACUGAUCAAGAGCUAACUGCCAGAAGCUAUAAAAUACUCAGUUAAAGCGUAAUGUGGUUUUAUACAAAUGGACUUGUUUCAUCUGUCAUAGCUCAUCAAAGCUAGUUAUCUAAUUGCUAAACAAAUUAAAAUUUACUAAAUUUAUUUAUUUAGUGAAUGCUGUUAUAACAAUAGUAAGUGUCUUAUUAUUUUUCUUUGUUUUUCUGUUAGGUGCAUUACCGUGCUUGUAUGUUCUUAUAGGGGAUUAAUGCCUCAGUCAGCAGUUCUCCAGCCGUACAGUCAUUAUUUAUUUUAAUAGCUUUAUUUUUACACUAUCUGUAUUGAUAAUUUAUGAACUUUUGUUUAUAUAUACGAAGUUUUUAAAUAAAGUAAUUGGACAAAAAG